GUGUGACGCCUACUUUGUCUACCUUCUUGCGAGAACAAGAGGUGCGUAGAGAGGAUUCUAAACGCAGAUGACCAUAAUUUUAGAUUUUUUGAGGGAGAGAUAACCAAGAAAUAUAAGCCAAAAUCCGUGACAGCUCUCAUCGGAAAACAAAAUAGUGGUGUUACUUGUUUUUAUUAUUAUCUGUUUUGACGCCGGACAAGCCAUUCAUUUCUUAGAUUUAAAAGAGGGCCUCCCUCUCUAGAUAUUCUUGGAUACGCUUAAUAUACUCAAAACAAGUAUCCUUUCUUGAGAUUUUGCGCUGAAUCGUGUAUUGAAUAUUGAUAGAGGAGGUAAAGGAACAAGUAAGAGGAUUUGCUAAAAGUGAUCGUGUCCCAACAGAAAGGAUAUUGCGUCCGACCAUAUAAGGAGAAGAAAAGAUAAGUGCAAGGAAGAUUACAUACCGUAUCAGGAAAAGACUGCCUGGUAAGAUUUUGUUAGUCCUCCCGAUAUAUAGUCGUGUUGUGGAAUGAGAGUGGGAGUAGCUAGGUAGAUGGAUUUCUGGCCAGAGUUUCUCGCGGGCAGUUGGGGAAGGGAAUUCGUGGCAGGAGGAUUUGGAGGAGUAGCUGGGAUUAUAGCCGGGUAUCCGCUUGAUACGCUCAGAAUCCGGCAGCAGCAUUCCAGCAAAGGCUCCGCCUUCAACAUCCUCCGCCAUGUUGUCUCUAGAGAAGGACCCCUUGCCCUCUACAGAGGCAUGGCUGCUCCCCUCGCCUCUGUCACUUUCCAGAAUGCUAUGGUCUUCCAGAUAUAUGCUAUACUCUCCCGAGCAUUCGACAAAGAUGUUCCUACUACAGACCCACCCUCCUACAAAGGAGUUGCUCUUGGGGGAGUUGGAACUGGAGCUAUACAGAGUCUGAUGCUCAGCCCCGUAGAGUUGGUUAAAAUCCGACUGCAACUGCAGAGGAAUAUCACUGGCAACAAAUAUUCAAGCAUUCACAGUGGUCCGCUGGACGUAGCAAGAAGCAUAUUCAGAAAUGAAGGUCUCAGGGGAAUGUACCGUGGUUUAACCAUCACUGUUCUUAGAGAUGCACCAGCCUAUGGCUUCUACUUCUGGACAUACGAGUAUAUGAGAGAGCAGCUUCACCCUGGUUGCAGAAAAAAUGGCCAGGAGACCUUCAGGACCAUGCUCGUUGCAGGUGGCCUUGCUGGAGUUGCUAGCUGGAUAUCUUGCUAUCCCUUGGAUGUCAUAAAAACCAGACUCCAGGCGCAGUCCUCAACUAAAUACGGUGGCAUUGUUGAUUGCUUCAGACAAAGUGUUAAGGAAGAAGGAUAUAGAAUACUCUGGCGUGGUUUGGGAACUGCAGUUACCAGAGCCUUUGUAGUGAAUGGAGCCGUUUUUACAGCCUAUGAAACAGCUCUGAGGUGCUUAUUUACCAACAACGAUCCAGCACCCAUCAGUGCAGAAAAUGCACUGUAGAUAAAUGCUGCUGGCUGUAGAAGUUCAUCAUCAUGGCGCUAUUACAAAUACUCUACGACAGUCAAUCAACACAUUUACCUUUUUUUUUUUUUUAAAGAUUGAUGCAUGAUAGCAAAGCAAAGGAAUGCAAUAGCAGGGUCUUAACCCCAGGAGACCUAUUAGGAAUAUUGGCAACACAGAACCAUUGUUCUAUGAUGAACUAUUGAACAUUAAAUUAAUCUUGUAGAUAAUCAACCAAUUCAACAAA